AUGCAUGCUGAAGUGAAGUUGGUGUUUACCAACGAACGUAGAGGGCAGCAACACACGGCAGGGUUUGUUGGUGCCCUCUACGGCGUUGUGACGUGUGACUGUAAUCCAAGCAAGGUGGUGAAGUUACAAACUGAUGCAGAGGUUCGAGCCCCCGUCUUUCGGAUUGUGACGUUAAAGAUCCCAGACAUGGUGCUCGGACUCGGGAAGUUCAGUGACGAUAUUGAUAGCGAGGAAAGUGACAGCGGCAGUGCCGUAGUGACAGUUACGAAGAUAAUUUGCGAAAAUAAAAAUGAUACACUUGACUGCGGAGAAGAUUUAAUCGACAUCGGCUCCGCCGUUUACGGCCGCACUGAAGCUGAAAUCUGUCCACACUCUUCGGCAAAAGAUGCUUCUGCCAUGGAAUGCAAUGACACAGACGUAACGACCCUUGUACGUGGACGUUGCGACAAUGAAACGUUUUGUGAGGUUGAAUCUUCGAAUGGUCAAUACGGAGACCCAUGUCAUGGCAUCUUCAAGUAUUUGAACAUCACGUAUUCCUGUAAGGGUAAUCUUACAGACCAAUUGAUUCUUCCAGUUUCACCGCAGAACGAUACGUGGGUAAAAAAAUAUAACUUCGGCUUCAUCAGUUUAACCAAUGUUUUCACAAAACACCUGAGGAUAGUUCCCAAUUCAAAUGAAAACACUUAUAUCUCUGUAUCAUGUGUUGUACCUGGAUGUAUGGACGUCAGAGGUAUUCAAGAUAUUGAUAUUCCAACUGGAUGCGACGUCAUUACAGUAUGUUCCACUGCGGACAUCACUGUCCAUGGUAUAGUCCGAAGUGAAAAAUUGAUAACCGGUGGAUUUCUAGCUCUUCCGAAUGACUUCCUCGGGGAGGAAUACUUGAUAGAUGUAUACACACCGAAGUCAAACAUACGUCGUGCCCAAGUCGCAAUAACAGCCAUUCACAACGACACAAACGUAGUGAUCGAAUGUGUGGAACCUUGUACUAUCGACAAUCAAACAUUUUUCGAGAAUAGGACUGUUGUCCUGAGUAUAAAUGAGUUACUUCUAUUUAAAGCAGGUUCUUAUGGCGGUAACCUGACUGGAACCUUGAUCAGAGCUGAUAAGUCAGUCUCGGUCGUAGUAGGUUCAAUGGGUGUAGUCAUACCGUCUUGGUCUUCGAAGCCUAGUUUAGACCAUGGAGUAAUUAUAGAACAAUUGAUGCCUGUCUCAAAGUGGGGGAGGGUCCACUUUGUUCCUCCUUUUCAAAAUGCCACAAACGGAUGGGUUAUUCGUGUUUCGGCGUUCUACCACAAUACCAAUUUAACCCUGUCUCAGUGUGGGAACGGCAGUGUACAACACCGCGUGCUUAACAGACAACAAUUUACUCACGUCGAAGUCGCAGAGGACAUGACCAGUCUUGUAUGCUUAAUAAUCUCCGAUAAGCCAGUUCAAGUCAUGCAAUAUAUGGCAAGUUCUACCAAGGAAGAGUAUGGCGAUCCGAGUAUGACGUUAGUCCCACCAGUGCAAGAUUACCAUGGGAAUACCACAUUUCGCUGUAACAAUACAGGCGACAUUUUGCAAUAUGUAGAUAUAAUCACAUCAGAACGCGGGAAAGACAGUCUUCAAAUAAAUGGCGGUUCGGUUACUGAUCUCACUGGUCAUUGCUUCAAUGUAUCUGAAGAUCUAAAGGCGACAUUAGGAUCCAAUUUUCCCAGGGUUAAAGAAUACUGUUACUUUUACAAACAGCUAAAGAACGGUACAUACCACGUGACUCAGAGUGACCAAUCAGAGAGGUUCCUUGUUCGACUCUACGCACAAAGUUAUCGUGUUGGAGGAGCGAUGCUGGCCGGCGUGUCAUUUCAAAAUCCUGAAACGAUGAUCAUUAGCACAGACCAACCUACUACUAUUGGCACCACCAUGACAACCACAAUAAAUGCAACCAUGAUGUCUGAGGAACAAAAACGUGCUUCUCUUUCGGCUCGACUUUCAUCAGGAGACUUUAAGUCUUUCGGGGAGGCCGAGCAAGCCAUGUCUGAUUUCACCGACUACCUCGGCGAUCGUGAGGAACUCGGAUCCAUCGACGAGCUCGUCUUCGCCUUUGAUUAUUUCACCAGUGUUCUCAAACGCAAUCCGCUGAAAUACGCCACCGGAGACAAUGCGAAGUCGUUCCUCAAUAUUUCUUCUGACGCCAUUAAUGUGCUUUUCGCGGACCGGACCAAUCAACUCUUAUUGGAUUCGUGUGCAAAGCAGAUCAAUCUUACGUCUACCCCUGAGGACGCGGAGAGGGAGCUGGAGGGUCUGAUGAAUGACGCAGCGAGUCUAAUCGUGAAUAAUGGAUCGCAGUCGUUUGGAGUUUCAACUAACAAUGCAGCGUUGGAAGUUACAUCAACGGGUCAGGCAAGAUCUUCGGCGAUUGCGACAGAAUCUUCUGUUUGUGAGGGCGCCCUAGACCUGGUGCUGGAUGGCGUGCAUAUCCCGUGUGAGGUCCUCCGGGAACUGGGUUCUUCUGCUUCCUACCGUAUCAACCUUCCCCAUGGAGCGGAGGCUGUGGCCAGAUCAUCCUGCGAAAAAUAUGACGAAACAAAGAUCGCUGUUGCAUCUCCUCUCCUUGGAGUUGGUUUGAUAUCAGAGAGAAAAGUACCGUCUUUCAGCAAAAACAUAACACUCACGUUUCCAAUAACGAAAGGAGAGGAGGAAUUGAUGGAUAAUAACACUCUUUGUUCGUACUGGGAUUACAAUACUAGCAACUGGUCCUCUUCGGGGUGCACAUUCGAUGGGAUCACGGACACGGAUGGUGGCAAAAUGGUCACGUGCCUCUGUGAUCACCUGACUAGCUUUGCUGUACUGCUGAACGUGUCUAGUACUCAAGUGCCUCCUGGUCAUGAAUUUGCCAUGGGGGUCAUCUCCUGGGUCGGGUGCAGCUUAUCAAUCGUGGCCUGCUUUUUCACUUGUUUCGGCUACGCCAUUCUAAAACUGCACAGUGAUUUGAUCCUGAUUCAUGGGAACCUAGCCCUAGCUGUCGGGGGAACUGAGAUUGCAUUCUUGUGUCUAAAUCUCGUCCAGUUUCCAUCGAUACCUUGUACUGUUGUUGGAUCUUUGAUCUAUUAUCUACUUUUAACCAUGUUUGCUUGGAUGGCAAUUGAAGGCAUUCAUCUUUACCUACUUACGUUUGUUGUAUGGAACGCCGAACGACGCAAAAUCAAGCACUAUAUGGCAUGCGGAUGGGGAGUUCCAGUUGUCUUUUUGAUUGUGCUACUAUCAGUCCAGACUGGAGAGCUGGGAAAUCAAAAUGCGUGCUUCCUGAGCCUCGAUGACCUCAGUCUGUUAUUUCUUAUGGUGCCCAUCGCAAUUAUCAUCCUUUUCAAUUUAUUUGUAAUGGUACGGGUCGUACGGCAGAUAGCCAAAAUGGCCGACGGUCCUACAUUACAAAGUGACGUCAAGUCUCGAGUAAGACACGGCGUGAAGGCUAUAUUCGUCCUCCUCCCCAUCAUGGGCUUGACGUGGGUCUUUGCUUUCUUGGCCAUCGAGAGGGCGUCUGUCGCCUUCCAAUAUAUUUUCGUCAUCUCGAAUUCCUUCCAAGGAGUCUUCAUAUUCUUCGUCCACUUCAUAAGGAAUUCUGAGGUGCGGCAUGCUGUCAAGCGCAGGAGAGACCGGUGGUUGGUGAGCCAGAGCAGACAGGGAGAUUACAAGGUCAAGAAUACCAAGAAGACAUCGAGUUCAGGAGUCGACAAGACAAGUUCAUCACUAUCCAAAUCACCCGAACAGACGCUGACACUCAUGAAUAUGAACACUGAAUUGGUCUACGGUGGUGAUAUUCCUGACAAAAAUGGCAACUGAUGGGAUUGAGGGGCAGUUAGGGGGGCCGAUACACCUGUGCGUUUUAGCCAGCGUAUGCUGACUUAUGUAUGCCAAGCCGUUUUGCCAGUUACUACUUUAUCUUAACAUCAAGAAGUGUGUUUUGUUAGCAACCUUAAACGUUUUUAUACAAAAAAAAAGUGAUUUCUUGAUAUUUUGUGUUGUCCAUGUUAACAAGAUGCAAUUUGUUGAUAUCGAGAAUGAAAUGCUUCAUAUCAAGAAAUGUGAUUAAAUAAGAACUUGUCAUAGUUCAUUAUACAUACGUCGGUAAAGCUGGUUUAAAGGUCCCAAGUGUAACGGCCCCUUGAAGAUCCUGCGCAAUUGGCUCUUAUACACCUUGACUUGAAGAUCGUACUAAACACAUAGUGAUGGUAUCGGCCGUUGGCACAUUCGGGAUUGGAUUGAACUGGCAGGCCGGCAGCUGAAAUGGUACAUAUUAAAGCAAGAGACUUUUAAAUGCUCGUACCUUAUAGGGAAUUAAACAUAUAAUUUUCUGACACCAAACGUUUGGCAAAAGACUGGAUUUCAGAAAAAAGAAACAUCAAUUGAACGGCAAAAAAUCAGGAAGGGCACUAUAGCAUAGACGCUGUCCCUUUUGCUUCGGGCAUAAACGGAUAGAGAAAGUGAGGCGACAAGUGAAAGAUAUAGAUCAUUACGUAAAAAUGUUGUUGGCAGGUGGUUCAAAAGAGUAUGACUAUUCUGAAACUGGGUAACACCGGAUGGUAUCGAACUUCCCACCCUUGCCAACACCCAUUUAACUAUGACGGGCGUUAUGGACACAUUUGGUAACACGUCUUUUCAGACACACACUCAUUUCGCAUUGUUUAUACCAAAGUAACAAGCCUUCUACAAGAAUUGGACCUAGUUCAUAUGAAUGCAAUGGUGAAUAACGAUUUCACUUCGACCAAAUUAGCAGCUGAAGAUGGGAAAUAUAUUUGGAAGAUACUUCUUUAGUAAUGGUAAAAUACCAGAAAUUUAGUAUCAAAAUGUUUGAAAUUACCAUCUGGAUAUCCAAAAUAGCACAAGAACAUGUUCCAAAUAGGCCCUACUCGUCAAGUCUUAUAUGCCAUGAUUUUGUUCGGACUGUAAACGUUGAAUAGUUGUACAUAUAACAGGAUUUCCAUUUCAUGAAAAAACCUGGAAAGUCAUAGAAGAACUGCAUUUCCCUCAUGACGGACACGCAUAUGUUAUUUUUUUCAUGGAAAUGGCAAUAUAUUGUGUAUUAUUACGGAUUUAUGUCAGAAAUUAAACACAGGCUACAGAGACGAACCGUGAAAAUGCCAAAGUUUCGGCAGCGAAUGACGCAAUUAAACUUUCAGCGAAUCCGUGUAUUUUUUUAAGGGCACACCUAGUUACCAAGAAUGUGUAUAUAGCAUUUCCAUUUAUUAGAAUGCAGGAUAAAAGAGCAUUGUUGAUUGAAUGCCUUGCUCACGGCCAUAGGUGCCGCGGUCGGGGUUUGAACCCCGGACUUCCCAUCAUGGUUUCACGGGCUUAAAACAUUUCCCAUGGACUCUUGUGUUAAAAUUAUAGCACUUAUAAACAUGAAAUAAGGAUAGAAUUCGGGGUUCGAAUCUUUACUACCAGUUGAUGGGAUAUAUAUCUGACAGUCCAUAUCUGACGAGAAAAGGGUCCCUCGACCGGCUCAUUUUACAAAUAAAUCAGCAUUUAUAAAGGCAUCUCCUCAGGGAUCAAAUUCAUCACCUGAAUAAGUAAAACAGCCCUUAUCAUUCCGCCAGUCAAAAUAUAGUUCCAAAGUUGCUAAUAUUUGGGAAAAGGAAGUUCUGUAAUUACCAAAAAUAGAAUCAUUGUUAGAUGGACAAUCACAUUCAUACACUUUGUCAAUCAGCCAUAUGAAAAUAAGGAAUUUGAGAAUGGGUUGGCUGGAAUGAAUAUAUUGCCUUCCCGUUGUUAAAACGCCCGUGCGACCCCAUUACAGUCAGGCACCUCCAAGUUGGAUCAGUUAUCGGUAACGAUAAUAUCGAUCCUUUCCUCCGUCUGAACGCAGAUGGCGUACACCUUAAUCGGAAGGGAAGGGGGGAGUUGUGGGUAGUGGUGAGUUUUGAAGUGAGCAUGUGUGAGUGUCUGGGGAGAGAGGUGAGGGGGUACGGGGGUAGGGUUAUGAGUGUGUAGGGAUGUUUUCUAGGCUAAUGACCUUCUUCUAAUUCACCUUUAAAAUCUUUAUUUAUUUAUUUCCUUGUACAAUUAUGUGCAAAAGAGAUUAUUUAUAUUCUGUUCAGGAAAAAAAGGUCACCUUUUACAAAGUCUGUUUUUUUGUCGAUUGAUAUGUUUUUCCUCUUAUAUUAUUAAGCAGUCAUUGUAUUAAUUUUGAAAAUUUGUUAUCUCAUUGAUAUUGAUAUAUUUGUUUGUUUCGUAUACAUGUACAAAAUCUUGAUUUAUAUAAAUUGUGAUUGUAAACUUAUUGAUUUGAAAGAGAAAGAAAAUAAAAUAUCAUUCAAAACAAAAAAAAAUCACUUUUUUUGCGGAAAGCAUCGUAUUUACCUUGCAUUGAUUUGAAGGUACCCAACGGAAAACAGUGUUUUGAGAAAUCGGCCUACUUUUUUUAAUAUGUGAGAUAAAUAAAUUAAUGAAUAUAUUCACAUUAAAAAAGAACGAAAUGCAGGUCCCAAUCGAAAAAAAAAAUGAAAUUGUGGUUAUUAUAAGCAUCAGCCCGAUCAGUACAAGUUUAAGAGUAAUUAGAGUCAAGUUUGUUGUUUCAUUAUAAUAUUGUGUUAUGUAUAUCGGAAACAUGUCAAAAGUUUUAUUGAUAUUUUUAUUUAUGGCUUUGGUUUAUGGUGAUGAUGUGCAAUAAGGAAAAGGACUUAGAAGUGAAGGAAUCAAACAUCCCUGAAAAAUAAACAAUCUCGUUGAUUAUUAUUGUAUAUAGUCUGGAUACGUGACCCGUUUAUCAGUAGCCGCGGAACGGUUUUAAACGUGGUGGGGGAUGUACAUAAUUAUAGAAUAUCACAAUCAGAUAAUCAUUUUUAAAUUUUUCUACACUUUUAUGAAAAAAGGGGAGCUGAAGCCCCACCCUCCAGGUUCUGUGGCCCUGAUGAUGCUACAGACCCCCACUAAUGGAAACCUUGGGAACGUUUAAUGAAAGGGUUUGCCGGAUCCGACAAGACCCAUUUAAUCCGAUAUUAACCAUAGUCAAAGUGCUUUUCAGCCAAUCACAAUAAAGCAGUUUUCAUAUCAGACAUUAUGUUUGGACAAUAUUUAGUAUUUACCAACAGGGAAAGCACCAGGAUGUUUGUUUGGUAUGAUGACCCGAAACUGACGGCAUUUAUUUCACAAUGUUUUAUUGGAAAAUAUGGAUGAUAAUAGAGUUACACGUUUCAGACUAGUUCAUUUUCUUCGCCCCACCCCACCCCCUCCACGUAGCCCCGUCACCGUUGUCCCUUUUUAUUUCGUAUUUCAUUCGAAAAUCCACUAUUAAUCUAUGUUCUAUAUUUUGGAAUUGAAAAUGUGUAUAUAUUUGAUAAAUAAUUGGUAUGAAAAUGUAAGAUUAAUAAAUGUGUAAGUUAUUUGAAA